AUGGGAGAGUGGCAGAUGAAGUGGCAGAUGAAGUGGCAGAUGAAGAGGCAGAUGGAGAGGCAGAUGAAGUGGCAGAUGAAGAGGCAGAUGGAGAGGCAGAUGAAGUGGCAGAUGAAGAGGCAGAUGGAGAGGCAGAUGGAGCGACACUUGGAGAUAUCGCAGAUCGUGAGACUGCGAGGCGCAAAUUGCCACGAGAACGAGAGGGACGUGGUAUCCGAGAUCUUUCGUCCGCUGCGUCCCGUGCACCCGUCCGCGAACGCCAUUUUCCCGCUCGGCUAUCGACAGAUAGUACCUGCCUUCCAGCGCUCAGCAUCGACCCACGCUGUCGCUGCUCGCGACGCGACAUCCGCACGAACCCAUGCGAACAGCAAAUUCGUAUGCACCUCUCCGCCCGGGUCUCUGCCCUCAGCCGCCGUCAAUCUUCGACACAUUGGCCCGGGCAUCUACCCAGUCAUGUUCACUUCCAUGACGUGUCGCUGGCUACAUCCUUCUCUCAUUCGCAAGCCGCUCGCGGUGGAUACACAGAAUAAUGCACUGUCAAGAAGCAACACCUCCCAAGGAUCCUACAAUUCAGCCACAAAGUCCAAGCAGCCAUACAUACAUCGAGAAUGGCGCAAGCGCUGCCUAGGUUGGCGAGGUCUGAGCGUACUUUCAAGGAUCGCACGCAAGGAUCUCUGCACGUCGCCACGGGACUCCCCAUCCUCACCCCUCACAACCGACAAUCCCUUCCUCAACCACCACAUCCCCGCAGCUCUCCACCUUUCCGAAAUCGAGGUCGCUCCGCCACCCGCAAGCAAUGCACAAGCGACGGCGGGUGUGGAGGUGCAUGGCAGCGAGGAUGGUAGUGGUAGUGUUGCGGAUGAUAGUCGAAUAGAGACAAUGACUGCUGGACGACGACGACGACGACGACUGCGUGGUCGGAUUAGUGGACAGGUAUUUGAGGAUGGGCGUGAGGAUGUGGUUGUUGGGGGUGGGAACGUUGUCGCUGGGGAUGAUGGGUAUGGGCGUGUGAUGAGUCGGCUCUCGGUUUUCGAUGAUAAGCUUAAGGAUGCGCUCAUUGGGAGUGGGAACGUUAGAGAUGACGGGUAUGGGCGUGCGAUGAUCAGUAUGAGUGUGAUGGGAGUUUUGAGUAACAAUAAGCAGAGUCGCUUUUCGCCUUCUUCUUCUUCUUCUUCUGACGAUGAAGACGACGUCGACGAUGACGACGAUGCGGCCAACUCCAACAGCAGCGCCUCCUCAGCAGCCAAGCGAACAGACAUCGACAGCACCACCCCCCCAAAGCACCUCACCGCCAAAUCCUCCCUCGCCUCCUCUAGCGACGACAGCGACGCCAUAGACCCAGACCAGAAAGAGGACCAGAAAAACGAGCAGAAAGAGGCCACCACGAACCUGCACCCGCAUCUCCGAUGGGAGGCAUCAUCCGAGAAAGUAAGGUAG